GGGACGGGCGCGGGAAUCGGGGCCGCCAUGGAACCGGGACCGGGCGCUGAUCCCGAACCGGGCCCGGGGCCGGGAACCGACCCGGCAGCUGAUCCCGACGUGGAGCCGCUGCACCGGGGCGGCUUCCGCUGCCGCCUGUGCCAGAUCACCACGGCCAACCGCCCCAGCCUGCAGUCGCACCUGGCCGGGAGGCGGCACCGGCGGCUCCGGUGUCUCCGCGCCGAGCGCCGCGCGCAGGAGCAGCGCAGCCUCUUCGUCAGCGGCUUCGCGCGCGGCACCGACCCCGCGCGGCUGCGGCAGCACUUCCGCGCCUUCGGCGAUGUCGCGACAGUCGUGAUGGACAAGGAGAAGGGCGCGUUCGCCAUCGUGGAGCUGCGGGACCCCGCGGGGCGGCAGCGAGCGCUGGACGAGCCCCGGCACGUGCUGGGCGGGCGGCGGCUGCGGGUGCGGCCCCGGGAGCACCGGGAGUUCCCCCGGGCCCCUCCCCGGGACCCCCCCCCGGGACCCCCGGGACCCCCCGGGCUGCUGCAGGCGCUGGGCCAGGCUGAGGACGUGGGGGCGCAGCUGCAGCUGCUGGUGCGGGCGCUGGAGCUGAGCGCGGCCGAGCGGCGCCUGCGGGAGCUGCUGCUCGCCCUGAUCCGGGAGGUGUUCACCGAGUUCUUCCCAGGCUGCUCCGUUGUCCCCUACGGCUCCUCCGUCAACGGCUUCGACGUCCACGGCUGCGACCUCGACCUGCACCUGGAGCUGGGGGGCGGCCACGGGGACCCCCAAAUCCAGGAGACCCCAAAUGGGGACCCCCAAAUCCAGGGAACCCCAAAUGGGGACCCCCAAAUCCAGGAGACCCCAAAUGGGGACUCCCAAAUCCAGGAGACCCCAAACGGGAACCCCCAGAGCCAGGGGACCCCAAAUGGGGACCCCCAAAUCCAAGAGACUCCAAAUGGGAACCCCCAAAUCCAAGAGACCCCAAAUGGGGACUCCCAGAGCCAGGAGACCCCAAAUAGAAACCCCCAGAGCCAGGGGACCCCAAUUGGGGACCCCCAAAUCCAGGGGACUUUAAAUGGGGACCCCCAAAUCCAGGGAACCCCGAAUGGGGAUGGCGCCCCCCCUCCCAAUGGGUCCUUUUGGGGGGACAAGGAGCCCCCCCUGCAAGGAUCCUUUUUGGGGUCUGCAGGGUCCCUUUUGAGGGACAGGGAAACCCCCCUCGAGGGGCAUUUUUUGGGGGACAGGGAGGACCCCCUUUCCAGGGGGUCCAUUGUGGGGUCUGGAGAGUCCCACGAGGGGUCACUUUUGGGGUCCAAAGGACCCAUUUUGGGGUCUGAGGGGUCCAUUUUGGGGUUAGACAGGUCCCAUUUGGGGUCUCUUUUGGGUGGCAGGGAGGAACCCCCACUCGAGGGAUCGCAUUUGGGGGACAAAAGGUCCCUUUUGGGGUCCGAGGGGUCCCGUGAGGGGUCACUUUUUGGGGACAAGGGGUCACUUUUGGGGUCCGAGGGUUCCCGUGAGGGGUCCCUUUUGGGGGACAAGGGGUCACUUUUGGGGUCCGAGGGGUCCCUUUUGGGGGACAAGGGGUCACUUUUGGGGUCCGAGGGUUCGUAUUUGGGAUCCGAGGGGUCCCGUGAGGGGUCACUUUUGGGGUCCGAGGGUUCCCUUUUGGGGGACAGAGCCCCCUCCCUCGAAGGUUCCCUUUUGGGGGAUGACCCCUCCCCUCCCGCGGGGUCCCCGCCUGACUCUUGGGGGUCCCUAUCGGGGGGUGAGUCCCCCGAGUCCGAGGGGUCCCUUUUGGGGUCCGGGGGGUCCCUGUUGGGGCGGGGGGCGCCCCCCGAGCGCGCGCUGGCGCUGGUGGGGGCGGUGCUGCGGCGCUGCGUGCCCGGCGUGCGCGGGGUGCGCCCCGUGCCCGGCGCUCGGCGCCCCGUGGUCAAAUUCAGCCACAAACAGUCCGGGCUGGCCGGGGACGUGUGCCUGGACAACCGCCUGGCUCUGUUCAACACGCGCUUCCUUCGCCUCUGCGCCGAGCUGGACCCGCGGGUGCGGCCGCUGGGCUACGCCGUGCGCCUGUGGGCGGGGGGGGGACAGCGGCUGGCGGGGAACCGGGCGGGGGGCGGCCCCCUCCUCACCAACUACGCGCUGACGCUGCUGGUGGUGCUGUUCCUGCAGAGCCGCAGCCCCCCCGUGCUGCCCUCGGUGCGGCGGCUCCGACACCUGGCAGGGCCCCAGGAUCGAGCCCAGGUGGGGGGGUGGGAUUGCAGCUUCCCCCGGGACGCGGCGGGGCUGGAGCGCAGCGAGAACGGGCAGAGCGCCGCCUCCCUCCUGGCCGAAUUCUUCUCCUAUUUCGGGACCCUGGAUUUGGGGGGGCUCCUCCUGUCCCCCCUGGAGGGCCGAGCUCUGCCUCGCCCCCCUCCCGAGACCCUCGGGGGGCUCCGCCCGGGCCCCCUGACCCUGCAGGACCCCUUCGAGCUCAGCCACAACGUGGCCGCCAACGUCACGGCCCGCACGGUGUCGCGAUUCGUGCGCUGCUGUCGCGACGCCGCCCGCCUCUGUCGCGGCCCCGAGUUCCUGCAGAAAUCGCGCCGGGGCCGCCCCUGGGGCGUGAUGCGGCUGCUCCAGCCCGGCCCCGGCGCCAAU